UGAAUUGCGAGCAAUAUGAUGCCAACUUCGCUGUAGUUUUUCCCGCAGUUUGGCGUCCACAUAGAUUGAUAAAAAAAUUAUUAGCACGAUUUUUCUAUGUAUUUAGAUCAAUAGGACAUUAUUCAACCCCUAUGAUUUGUUUUCCAGUGACGUGUUCAUGAAACUAUUAUGCUAUAACUGUGAACAGUUUGUUUGAGUUGUUAUAUUGUGGUGGAUUUUGUAAACAUCGGGACGUGAACGCAGGCCCACGUCUAUGAAUUCUUAUUGGCAGCAUGGCGGAAAUAGUGUACCCGCAAGGCUGCCGUCCAAUCACCGAUGACCUCGGUCCAGAUGAGCUUGUGAGGAGACUUAAGGUCCUAGCGCACACAUUACAAGGUCUCGGCCAAGAUGAGGGCAUGUACCAGCAGUACAUACCCCUGGCCCUCCACCUCGCGGACGAGUUCUUCCUCACGCACCCCUCCAGAGAUGUCCAGCUGCUCAUUGCGUGCUGCAUCGCUGAUGUCCUCCGGGUGUAUGCCCCGGAGGCGCCUUAUAAAGAUCAGGAACAGGUAAAAACAAUAUUCCUGUUCCUGAUCAAUCAAUUGAGAGGUCUACGAGACCCCAAGGACCCGGCGUUCAAGCGCUACUUCUACCUGCUGGAAAACCUGGCGUAUGUCAAGUCCUUCAACAUGUGCUUCGAGCUGGAAGACUGUCAGGAGAUCUUCUGCGCACUCUUCGCGCUUAUGUUCAAGAUUGUCAAUACGGAACACUCAACAAAAGUGAAGUCCUUCAUGCUGGAUGUCCUCUGCCCGCUCAUCACGGAGUCUGACGUGGUCUCCAACGAGCUGCUGAACGUGAUACUCCUGAACUUAGUGGAGCCCAACAAGAGGGAUCACAAGCACGCGUACUCGCUUGCUAAGGAACUCAUUAUCAAGACUAGUGAGACGCUUGAACCUACUAUACAGGCGUUCUUCAACCACGUGCUAAUCCUGGGCAAAGAGGAGAAGAAUCUCCUCAUAUACUCGAAAGUGUACGAGCUUAUCUACGAGCUGUAUCAAUGUUGUCCCUCCUUACUUCUGUCAGUACUCCCGCAGCUGGAGUGCAAGCUCAAAUCCGCACAGUUCCCCGAACGACUCAGCGGGGUCGCACUCCUUGCUAGAAUGUUCUCCGAACCGGGCUCAGAACUAGCCAAACAGUACCCAGCACUAUGGCGGGCCUUCCUAGGAAGAUUCAACGACAUCUCAGUACCAAUCAGAAUCAAAUGCGUGCAAUACUGCAUGCACUUCCUAGUACACCAUCCAGACCUCAGAAAAGACAUAACAGAAACAUUAAAACUAAGGCAACACGAUGCCCAUGAACAAGUGCGUUACGAAGUCGUAAUGGCCAUCAUUGCGACGGCACAGAGAGACUUCCAAGCCGUCGCCGAGUCUGAAGAUCUCCUACACUUCGUACGAGAAAGAACGCUCGACAAGAAAUUCAAAAUUAGAAAAGAGGCUAUGUCCGGCCUAGCACUCAUCUACAAAAAGUUUUUAACCGAAGAGAGUGUACCACCGGCUACAGAGAAAGCGGUACAAUGGAUCAAAGAUAAAAUCCUUCAUGGUUACUACAUGACGGCUUUAGAAGACAGAUUGCUGGUCGAACGGCUUCUAAACACGUCGCUGGUUCCGUACACAUUACCAGCCCCCAUUCGUAUGAAGAAACUGUUCUAUCUAAUGUCUAACGUUGAUGACAACGCAACAAAGGCGUUUAUAGAACUACAGAAGCAUCAAUUAGUGGUCCGUCGCACAGUAGGCGAAUGGAUCGAGUUGCACAGAAAACCCCCCACACCAGCCGUGCAGAAAGAAAUGAUAGCUAAAGUCUUACACAUAAGCUCUAAAUUCCUGCCCGAAUCGGUUAAAUCUCAGGAGUUUUUGAACAAGUUCUCUCAACAUAUGAAACAGGCACCUGAGUUGUUACAAGGAAUGGAGACCAUAUUGAAUCCUAACGUGAGCUGUGAAGUUUGCGUCCGUACGACAUCAAGUGUCCUCAAGAAACUGGGCCAGCCAGUGAUGACGAACCUAUACUAUAACACAGUGAAGAUGUUACUGGAGCGAGUGAGCUCCGUGAUGAUUGACCACGACUCGCUGCUGAUCCUGGUCGGCUACGUCGAGGCCACGGUUAAGGGCACCGACGCCUCGCUGGCUGACGAGUGUGGUAUCGACGAGAAGAAAGCAGCAGAACGUGGUCUGAAACUCCUCGUGAUGUUGUCCUUCGUGUUCCCCUCCCACUUCCUACACGAAGACAUCCUGAACCGACUGACGUCACUACUGGAGUUAGAUGACGAGACGGUGGCGCCGCAUAUACUCGCCGCGCUCACCUUCCUCGGGAAAUAUAGGCCGCUCAGUGAAGCGUGUCCGGCUUUGUUCCCGCGGCUGAUCACCCUAUGUAAAGCGUACGCAGAGGUCGGCACACCAAAACAAGCCAAGAAUGCAGUCAGAUGUCUAUUCGUGAACGUACCAGAACAGCGUACGCAGAUCUUCACGGAGAUCCUGGAGACGCUGAAGGCGACGCUGUCGCCGCACUCGGAGCACUACCGCACCGCCAUCGUGACGCUCGGCCACGUGGCGCACAACCUGCCCGACAACUUCCCCGUGCACAUCAAGAACAUCGUCUCCAGGAAGAUCGUAAAAGAGCUACUAGUCCGCGAAGGUGGAGGCAGUUCCUCAGUGCCCGACGAGCCCUGGUGCCCGGAAGACCAGCUCCCGGAAGAGACGCGCUGCAAGCUAGAAGGACUCAAGUGCAUGGCUCGCUGGCUGUUAGGGUUGAAGAAGGAUGAACUGUCCGCGCAGAAGACUUUCAGGAUGUUGAAUGCUUUUAUCGUGCAUAAAGGAGAUUUGUUACAGCAAAACCGUCUAUCGAAAGCUGAGAUGGCGCACCUCCGGCUGGCAGCCGGCGCCGCGAUGCUGAAGAUCUGCGAACAGAAGGGCGUCGGCGACCAGUUCACCGCCGAACAGUUCUAUAACCUGUCGCAUUUGAUGAUUGAUGACGUACCUCAAGUCAGAGAAGCUUUCGCUACAAAAUUACACAAGGGAUUGUCAAAGGGCAUCCCCAACAAGUGCCUGCCGCUGGACUUCAUGGGCAUGUACGCGCUGGCGGGCCGCGAGCCGGACCGGCGCAUCCGCAGCGUGGUGCGGCAGUACAUGCUGGCCGACGUCGUGCGGCGCCGCGAGUACGUGCGGAACAUCACCGUCGGCACUAAAGUGGAGCGAGCAGUAAGCCAGCUGCCGCACAUCCUGCCGGACUACAUGCUGGUGUUCGCCGUGCCCAUCCUGACCCACGACCCCGCCUUCACCGCCUACGACAGCGUCGCGCAGCUCAAGAUCGUAAAGAACUGCCUGUGGUUCAUCCUGGAGCCGCUGAUCACGCGCAACGACUUCUACUGCUACGGCUUCUACAAGAGCCUCGUGGACCGCAUGAAGACGCACAAGGACGCGCUCAACGAGGACGAUGAUACUGUCAAUUAUAAACUGUGGGCAGUAUGCGACCUGGCGAUGUCGGUGAUCUGGGCGCGGUCGUCGUCGUUCGAGCUGCGCGAGUUCCCGUCGGACGCGCGCAUCCCGCGCAUGUACUUCGCGCCGCAGUCCGACUACUUCGUCAACACGCGCAUCUUCCUGCCGCCUGAGCUGCAGUUCCAACCGAAACGCCAGGCGGCGACGGAAGGCAACAACACGCGGCUGAAGAAGCGACCGCGUCCGCUGCCCGAGCGAGAGAACGCUAACGAUGUUGAGCAUACCGUUGGACGAUCGGGGAGUAUUGAUGCUAAGGUAAACACAGUAGAAAAUAGUAUAUUAGAUAUCACAUAUAUGAUAACUGAUCCUUCAGAAGCGUCAGACACACAGAUCCAGCUACCAGGCCUAGAGAACCCCCCUGAAACGGAGCUAGAAGAGCCUCAAGCGAAACGCGCGGUCACCGACUGAGACCCGCCGUCCGCUGGAACUUCCAGCGAGUAAGUACUAGCAUAGCGAUAGAUAACCAUACCUACGACGAAAGAAACUUCUAGAAACGACUACAGACCAAAAAAAGAAAGAUUUCGUUCCAAAAAUCUUGGCUGAAUGUCCACAAAUGUGGUCUUUACGUAGGUCUCCAGUCAUUUCAAUAAGCUUCUUGACGUCAUGCUGGCUGGUCAGAACCAGCUAUAAGAUGUACGAAAUUUAAAAAGUAAACUCACAUUUGUAUGAAUAAGAAAAAAUGAAACUGUCAAUCGAUUUUGACGUUUGUAUUCAGCUGUCAGUUGAAUUUGACAGUUGAUUAAGCUGAUGUUAGGUUAGUCUUUUUGGUUAUAUUGUUUGUUUUAAGUAAAAUGUGUGUCUUACGAUGUCUGCAGCAAAAUGUAUAUUGAAUUGCUGUUUGUAUUUUUAUGGUGAAUAGAACUAUGAGGUCUAUAAGCCUAAUAUAAAUAUAAUAAAUUAAUUAAACCAUGUAGCUCCCUUGAAUUAAUGAAUUACAUUUGUAUAAAGUUCAAUACAUAGUUGAUAAUAACAUUUGUACUGUCACGGUUAUCUAUCGUCAAUGUUGGCACUUGAAUCUUUGUAGACAACUCAUCAAUAUACAAAUCUCAUUUAAAGUGUUAAAUGGACGUUUUAUUAUAUCGACAAUUCUCAACGAGGUAGUAGUUGCGUUGCUAUACCUAAAUUCAUACUCAUUAAGCAUUAUAAUCUAAUACUUUCAGGCCUGACUUCCUUGACAUUUGAAAUGUCAAACAAAAAUAAGAUUCUAAUGGAUUUUUGUAUUUGGAAGUCUAUUCUGAGAUUGAUAGGGUUCAUACUAGAUUGACAGCUUAGAUAUAUUUCUAACGUCGGUAUUUUUUCCCAUACAAACCUUGCCAUUUUCUAGAAGUGUUGCCAAUUAAGAAUUUUUUAUGAGGCAUAAACUAAACUAACAUUUUUGUAAAUCAAGUUCAUUAUUUAUUAACACAAUUUAUAGGUAUUCAACAUUCAACUGCUACCUUAGUUCUUUACACUCAGAUAUUAUACACAGUUUUUGCUUUCUGCUGGCUUUUCUCUCAUACAAUAAUUUGUAUGUGGAAAGGCCUUUUCACGUACAGAAUUACACAGACAGAGAGAAAGAGAUUAUGAAGGUGGAAAAUGUUGAUAAGACUAAGUCGUAAUAAUAAUGACGGCGUUCUCUCUACGGAGAUCAGUCAGCUGCGCAGGAUACAUUAUAGUGCACAAGCAUUUGCGCAGACACAGGUGCACUCUCAUAGACCGACGGGAUGACAAUCCGACACCACCGGAGAGAGAUGAAAAGAGAUUGAUAUCGUCAUAAUAUCUGAGUGUUCAGACAAAAAACUAGGACAAAACUCGAGUCAUGUAUGUUAUAAGCUAACCUUAUGAAGACUGGCUACUCGUAUUUACACCUAACCAUUGAACGAGUGAAUGGAAACUUAUCGUUCGUUACUCAUUCAAUAUUAAUACUUCACUUGGCGUUAUUGUAGGAAUAUAUUAGCCAUUUCACCAUUGUGAAAUAAACUUUAUUUCUUUAGGAAUAAGGUUUGUUUUGUAGUGGCUAAGUGGUGUGAAUAUCGUUGAAGGAAAGUGCCAUUAAAUCGGGUAUAAUAUUGUGGCCUUGGCGUGGGAUUAAUUUAAUUGUGGGUGUCUGUUCCUUUCAUAAAAACUAGCUUCGUUGUUUUUCAAGUCUUCAGUAAUUAUUUUUUUCCUGUAAAAUAAGUCGUAGAUUCGGAAAAGAAAUAGUAGUCCAUACCAAUAAAUCUUGGUGUUCAACUAAUUGCAAAUUUAUUCUAUGUUUAAAAUAUUUUCCAGUUUUACAUCAUCUUUAAUUUUUUCAAUAUCUCAUGCCACGACCAUUUGCAUAAAACAAGUUAUCAUGGAAAUGUAAAUAUUCAUUAUUAUGAACGAUUUUCAAACAUAAAACAUAUAUUUUACAAAUCAUUGCCUCUUGGUUAAGAAUCAAGUCCUCAGGUAGACAUUUUUCAAAUGGCAAUAUAAAACCAACGACAAAUAUGAUCUGCAAAUAACUGAAAAGCUAGAUCGAUUCGCAUAACAGCAUUCUAAUUCUACAAAAGCUGUUUUCAGAAUUGUAAAAUCCAGGUAAAUCAACACUAUAAAUAUUUACAAAGUUAGUGCCCUUCAAAUUAUUAUACAUGCACAAAUAAUGAAUCGAGGCAUAAUUAGUGCAAUAAAAAAACAUGACGUUCACUAACAAUGAAAUAUGUAAUUAUUGAACACAUAAAUAAAAUCUGACAGCUCAUUUGCAAUAUACCUAAGUGUUUAUGCAUAUAAUUUUCUUAAUAAAUUGCUCAAUAAAAUUUUCUAAUGGCCUUCGCAUAAUAUUUAUCACGUCAUGCAUAAAAAAACUAAUAUUUUUCAUCAAUAAUAAAUUCUAUUUAUCGCUAUGAUAUUUAUUUAAAGUCCUUUCAGAGUUCCUAAUUUGCUUUUCUCUUUUCUUUCCCAAUAUACAUAAAUGUUUGGGUAGUAUUGGCAAAAUGAAAGGAACAAUAAUAGGCAGUCAAUUCUUUAUUAUGUGACUGAUAAUAAAAACCGAAACUAAGAAUAAAUAGCUAUUAAAAGACCUAUUUACACUUGAUACAUUUGGUAAUUGAUUAAGUUAAAAAUAAUGUUAAUAGGUCUUAUAAUAUGCUCCUAAAAUCGUAUCAUCGAAAAUACAGCCGGUAAGCUGUGGUGUUUAAAACUGAUCGGACUUAUCCAGGAUUGAAAAACUAAAACGAUCUAAGAAUAGAGAUAAUGAGUCUGUAUUAUAGAUUUUAAUCGAUAAGUUUAAUAUCUUGAUGUUUGUUUUUUCGUUGUUUUUAGUUAUAAUUUUCAUUUCGGCUGGUCGAUGAGCGUCUCUUAUUUUUUCAUUAUUAUGAUUAAUGUAUAGUUUGGACCUCGAAAGAGGACGAAUGUUGACUGCAGUAUCUUGUAAUGACAGUUGGACAUAUUCGGUUAGUCUGUGGUCAUCGUAGCGGCUAAUUUUAAGGUUAUAAUUAUGUGUGUUGUCGAUUUUGUCCUGUCUCUGAGAUACGACUGUUUAUAACACGUUUUUUUAUCAACAAAAUUCUAGAUUAUGUUUUAAAUUACGUUGACACAAAACUCAAUCAAAUAUUGAACAAUUAUAUGCCUUUUGUAUUUUUAUUUACGUGUGACGUAUCUCAGAUACCGGCCUAUUAAUUUAGGUAUUCGUCAACUAAAAUAAUUUAAUUUUUCGUGAUAUUAUUCUAAAUAUCAAUUGUAGGUUUUUAUCGGAGAUUGAACCCUGUAGCUACACACGCGCUCCGUCUGCUUGAUAACUUGAGGUCAAUAAGGUCACAGAUUUUUGAAAUACAUUUACCCUGUAUGAUCUGAUGAUAAGGACAUAUUGAAUAGUUUAUUUAUUCUAAGUAAAGACAUGUACCAUUUAUUUGAUUAGUUACUAUAGGGUUCGCUCACCCCGCUCCGAUGUCCAGAACAUUCGUGCAAGACCGGCAUUAAUUCAUAACUUUUUUAUUCAUAAAAUUUAAUUUAAGGUGUACCAAAAACGGAAAAUAUUAGCGACACAGCGCUCGCUCCACUGUCGCAGUGAUUCUCUGUAGUUAUGUAUCAAAAAUAAAUAAUAAACACAUUUCUUGGUGGUUUUCCAUUUGAAAAGUUCCAUUUGGUUUACCUGUCACAACCUUUAUGCUAAGAGGUUUAGUUCGUAUUCACUGAUAACAAUAAAUAGACAUACAUUUAUUAUA